AUGCAUGAUAAAGGAAGUGGCUUAGAAAGAUUAACAAGCAUUCCAAAUUUGUUGAAAUUAACCGGAAGCAAAGAUUUUGAACAAUGGUUGAAUUUGUUUGUAGAAGCAUCAGGAGUAAGCGAUGCAAUAGACAAAAUUAAAGGUGAUGAAGGACAUAAUCGUUUACCACCUGGUUAUAAAUCUAUGCGACGUGGAAUUGAUGGUCAACCGUUAUAUUUUCUAAAAGAAAAUUUAACAGAAAUCGAUCCAAAAAUGAUCAAGAAAGUUGAACUAUUUGAAAAUUUAACACUUUCGUUAACGCCAAAACAAUUAGCAGAAUUCAAAAUAACAGGAUAUUCCUUAAUGACACGUGAUCAGCUUGCAAUGGUUUAUGGCUCAAAGUCUCCAAUGAGUAAUAUGAAAACAUUAGAAUUUUUUCUCUCAUUAAAUGAAGAUCAAAUGCGCGAUCGAAUUAUACAUGAUAUUCGUGGUUUAGCCACGUCAAAAUCACUUGUUAAAAUACGUUACAAACGUCAAAUUCUUCAACCAUCAGCUCUUACUGCGUCUAUACUAAAUCCAGGAAAUGAUAUUACAGUAUUAUCACCUUCUGCAUUAUCUUUGACUUUAUUAUCACCUUCAGUAUUUGGCUUGACUGUUUUAAGUCCUGAAUUAUUUACUGCAACACUUUUAUCACCAAGCGUUUUAAGUCCAUCAGUUUUAUCACCAAAAGCACUUGCACCUGUAUUUUUAUCACCAUCUGCACUUUCACCUUCAUUCUUAAGUCCAGUAUUAUUAUCACCCGUCUUUUUAUCACCAACUUUUCUGUCACCAAGGGUUCUGAGUCCAGCACUUCUCUCUCCGGCAAUUUUGAGUCCUUUUGCCCUUAAUCCCGCAAUUUUUGCACCAACAGCAUAUGGAGGUAUUGUUGCAAGUCCAUUUGCAUUAUCACCAGCUAUAUUUUCUCCAUCUCAAAAUAAUUUAGUACUUUUUUCACCAUCUAUUUAUUCACCAACAUUCAAUUCUACAGGAGUAAAUAAUUUAGUUCUAUUUUCUCCAAGUGUUGGAAGUUAA